AUAUGUUAUCUAGCUAAUUGUAGAAAACAAAAUUUGCAUAUAUUCUCUUUCGUGUUUCUUAAUCAAUAGAUUUGAAAAGAAAAAUUUGGAUGAUAUAGUUUAUUUGAUUAAAGUUUUGAUAAGUACGUAUAUUUUUAAAUAGUAAUGAUCUAUAUUAAAUUGGUAUGUUAUCUAACUAAUUUUAGAAAACAAAAUCUACAUCGUUUGACUUUCGCAUUUCUAAAUCAAUAAAAAUUUGGAUGAUAUAGUUUAUUUGAUAAAUGUUUUGAUAAGUACGUAUAUUUUUAAAUAGUAAUGAUUUAUAUUAAAUUGGUAUGUUAUCUAGCUAAUUUUGAAAAAAAAAAUUACAUUGAUUCGCUUUCACAUUUAUAAAUCAUUAGAUUUUUAAAAAAUAGUAGUGUAUUCAAAACAAAGUUCUACGGACAUAUUAUUUCUAAUAAAAAUAUUCUAAAUGAAAGUUAACUAAAUAUUUUCACAUAUAUUAAAAAAUUAAGACAUUUUUCUAUUGCUAUUUCACUUGCUGGGUUUAACCCUAAAAAAGGAAACAAGAGAAGAUUUUUGGAAAGCCAAAGAAUAUAUUUGGUUCAUGAGAAGACUCUUCAUAAAGAAAAUGAGGAUAUAUAUUCACCAUUUCACUAUAAAUUCUUAUAUUUUCAUCUCUUAUACCACCCAAAGUGAACUCAUAUCCGCUUGUUGUCUAAAAAAAAAAAGCAAUCAAUGGAUUCUUCAUCCACAUUAGCCAUCACGAGAGAAGAGCUCAAUGCUUUUCACUUGUAUGACAGAGCACUUUUCUCUCGUCUUGUCAUAACUCUAAGACGUAACAUUCGCCAGUCUUAUCAAGUUAUGAGCUUUCUCCUCUAUCUCGAGACGAUUGCUCCGUUCCUGAGCACCUUGAUACCGAAUUUUGCCUCUUUACCGGACGCUGUCGUCAACAUGGUAGCUGACGAAGUCGUGACGUGCUUGAGGUGCUUGUCCUUCGAUGAUUUUCCAGCAUUCGUGACCCACUUGAGGAGAAGCAUCCUCUCCCUAGAGAUACCUUAUCUCACGGGUGUCACAAGAGGGUACUUAACUCUCAUAUUCGUCCACAACAACCGUGAAAACAUUCUCUUUGAGAUGAAGAAGCAUCUGACGCGUGUAUGCGUCCGAGCUUUUGAGGAUAUAUGCGUGCGUGCUGAGAUGUACAACAGGGAGAUUGAAGAGAGGGGAAAUGCGAUGUGGGAGAUGAGCCAGCUGGGAUUUAGAAGUGCUGUUCAAAAUGGUGGAUCAAGUACUAGCCGGUUCUCAAGGGGUCGUGCAAAUAGGACUAUCUUCCUCACAUUUUCUAGAGGAUACCCAAUUUCCAAAGCAGAAGUGUAUGCCUACUUCACCAGGAGAUUUGGGGGAAUUGUAGAAGCCAUACGCAUGGGUGGAGCGGAAGUGAAUGAACAAACGCUGUAUGCAACGAUGGAGUUAAGUUCUGCCUCCAGAGUUCCAGAUAUUCUAAUCGAAGGUGUCUACAUGACCAAAUACAUCAUCAAUGGAAAACAUGCUUGGGCUCGAAAAUUCAUUCCCAGUCGCAAAUCCUCCUCCAAACAUCGUUCUCGCCAUUCAUAUGGAAACUUUUUCUAGUUUCAUAUGUUUUUCUUGUUUUUUCUAUCUUUGUUGUGAAGGGCAUCAUGUGCUCAUUUCAACAAAUUUGAGACCUAUUUUUAUUAUUGAGGGGUUGGGGGACUUUUAUUGGUGAUUGACAUUUGGUUUUAUCUUUGAAUUAUUUUGCAUGGACUCCAGUUUAUUGGUGAUUGACAUUUGGUUUUAUCUUG